AUGCCACUGACGCAGGUCAAGAUGCGCAUCUUCACCCGCCUGCUAUGCGUUCUUGCCCACGCCGCAACUCUGAAUGCCAACGUUGAGAAGACCGUCUUUCUCGGCCCUAGUCCUGUAACACCCUCCAAUGUCGACGACAAUUCCACACCCCUCAGCUUGGACAACCUCCACAUAGACGUGCUUGACCCAGCCCACCGCCAUAUCCUUCCCACGCGCCUGCCUGUUCAGUUCCCCGUAGAAGCCGCUCCCCACGGCCUCGACUCUUGGUAUUUGUUGCACGGCUUGGAGCACAACCGCCGCUACGAGGUACGCAUCUGCUGGCCAGCGACACAACCCACCGAUUUCUGGUUGGAUACUUUCACCAUCGGAGCCUUAUACGCCAGCCCCGACCUUGUCCAUUCACUCGUAGACUACAACAUCGUCCAUUCCAAGGAACUCGAUCUUCGCGCGCAUUCACGCGCCGACUCCCUAUUAUUUCUUCGGAUCCAGGCAGCAGCCUCUUACUUCACCACAAACCAAACUUUGAUGCAACAAUCUGAGCCGGUAGACGUCGACAUUAUUCUCGAUCCCUUCAUACUCAACAUUCUGCCCCGCUCUCUGGGGCCUACUGCUGUAUACAUCAUCCUGGUUGGUGUAUUCGCAUGGGUUGCAUCUGGCUUCAUCUACCGCUGGCUACUUCCGAUUGCCCACCAGGUACCUGACAAAGAAGAAUAG